GAUUCCUGUAACAUUUAGGAAACCGCUUCCUCAUUUAUGAUUCCCCCAGUGACUAUGGAAAACAAUGUAAACACCAACAAGGAAAGUCCUGCCCAUUGGUCUAAACUUCUGGGGUCCAGCGCAUAAAAGCCUCAGAUCUGGAGGAGGCACCAGAAUCUGAGAACCUCACCUCUGAACAGGACCUGCCCACCCUCCACCCCACACACCAUGACCCACUCGUGCUGCUCCCCUUGCUGCCAGCCUACGUGCUGCCGGACCACCUGCUGCCGGACCACCUGCUGCCAGCCCACAUGCUGUGGGUCGAGCAGCUGCGGGUCCAGCUGCUGCCAGCCUUGCUGCCGCCCAACUUGCUGUCAGACCACCUGCUGCAGGACCACCUGCUGUCAGCCCAGUUGCUGUGGGUCCAGCAGCUGUGGACAAAACUGCUGUGGGUCGAGCGGCUGUGGGUCCAGCUGCUGCCAGCCUUGCUGCCGCCCAACUUGCUGUCAGACCACCUGCUGCAGGACCACCUGCUGUCAGCCCAGCUGCUGUGUGUCCAGCUGCUGCCAGCCCAGUUGCUGUGGGUCCAGCGGCUGUGGGUCUAGUGGCUGUGGCUCCAGCUGCUGCCAGCCAGUUUUCUGUACACCCGUGUACUGCACGAGAACCUGCUACCACCCCACCUGCUGCUGCCUGCCUGGGUGCCUGGCCCAGGGCUGUGGAUCCAGCUGCUGCCAGCCUUCCUGCUGCUGA